AUGGCCAUGCCACUGUGGCUGCUGCUGGCCCUGCUGGGCUGUACCACAGCACCAGAUCCUGCCCUGGAGGAGAUGUGGGAAGGGUGGAAGAGCCUCCACGCCAAGGAGUACCCAGCGGAGGCUGAGGCCGCUCGCAGGGCGGUCUGGGAGCAGAACCUGCGGCGCAUCCAGCAGCACAACCGCGAGGAGGCGAGAGGGCAGCACAGCUUCCGCCUGGCCAUGAACCACCACGGGGACCUGACAGAUGAGGAGUUCAAUCAGCUCUUGAAUGGCUUCAGCCCAGCAGGGCGGGAUGAGCCAGCACCCAUCUACAAAGCAUCAGCAGCCCUGAAGACCCCAGCAGAGGUGGACUGGAGGACAAAAGGCUAUGUGACACCUGUAAAGAACCAGGGACACUGUGGGUCCUGCUGGGCGUUCAGUGCCACGGGGGCCUUGGAGGGGCUGGUUUUCAAGCAGACAGGGAAGCUGGUGGUGCUGAGUGAGCAGAACCUCAUCGACUGCUCCUGGAAGCUGGGCAACCACGGCUGCCAUGGUGGCUACAUGACCUGCGCCUUCCGGUACGUGCGGGACAACGGAGGCCUCAACUCGGAGCACCUCUACCCUUACACGGCCACGGACACCUCCAGCUGCCAAUACAACCCCCAGGACAGGGCAGCCAACUGCUCUGCCACCUGGCUGGUGGCUCAGGGCAGUGAGGCAGCACUGGAGCAGGCAGUGGCAACCGUGGGCCCUGUGUCUGUGGCAGUGGAUGCCAGCAGCUUCCACUUCCACUUCUACAAGUCAGGCAUCUUCAGCAGCAAGUUUUGCAGCCACAGGGUGAACCACGGGAUGCUGGUUGUGGGCUAUGGCACGAGCCAGGAGCAGGGCCACAACACCAGCUACUGGAUCCUAAAGAACAGCUGGUCAGAGCGCUGGGGUGAGCAGGGCUACAUCCGCCUGCUCAAAGGUGCUGACAACCAGUGUGGGGUGGCCAGCCAGGCCAGCUUCCCCAUGCUGUGA